AUGAGCGAACAAAGAUCUGACAACAUCACCGGCAUUGAAUCCGAUCCCUACAUUGACUGGGUAGAGCACACAGGAGAGGACAUGAUGAACUUGAACCAGCUCGCAAUGCUACCAAAUUCCAAGCACCCCAUCAAUCCCGUCUUCGUCUCGCUCGAUCUUAAUUGGUCCAUCGACAGCGGAAGGAUUAAUCAAAUUGGCUUUGCCUUUUUUGACACGCGAGAGCUAUAUAUGCCUUGGACUCAUGGGCCUCCAGUCUUUGUUCGAACGUACGACAUCGAGGGCGAGACGCCAGCCAGUUCUCUCUCCAACGUUCCCCCAACACGCAUUCGCCAGAGCGACAUCAGGCUUGUCAUUAUGCACAACCUUUGCAUGCCAAACAUGGACAAGAAUGGAACCAAGUGGCGGAAUGUUGUAUUGACUGGCCAGAACAUCCGCCGCAACCUCUUCCUUCUGUGGUCGUGCGUGGGCCUCAACGUCAAGGCCAUUUGUCCGGUCAUGGCCGUUUUGGACCUUGAGGUCCUGAGCCCACAAUUGAUACCGAAGCAGAUAAUGCAUCGUACCUUUACAGAAGAAGAGAAUACUGGAAAUAAACUGCGGGAUCUGUUGCGCGAGCUCGGGCUCCGCAUCAACCACAGGGAACUUGGCAACGCCGGCAUGGACGCCAAAAACGCCCUCUAUGCGACGCUGACGCUCGCCGUGCGCCACUGGACGGCAGACGACGUCCGCCAUGACCGCCACGCCUGGGGCAACAUUGCAGGUUUCAUCAAUUCUGUGGAUUGGAUUUUUUCAGCCGGGGAGGAUUACAUUUUAGAGCCCUUUGCCGCGAGCACAACGGCCGUGGGCGUCGAGGGCGGUGCCCUAGAGGUGCACCUGGCAACGCCGCCAUCCCGCUCUCUUGUUGAUAUACAGGCCAUCAGGAGGUAUAUCGCUGAUCGAGACGAUCCCAAGACGGCCGUGAGACGGUUCGUGCAAGCUUCUCACAAUAUUCGAUUUGUUAGGCCGGGAAACGACCAUACUGUUCUUCCUACUGGUGUCCCUCAACUCCCAAAUUAG